CAGUUUUGUAUUCAAUCCUUUGCUCUUAGUCCCACAAACAGAAGCAACACAGCACUUAGUACCAGCACACAGCAACGUUGUGCUUCAGCCCUCAGGAUGUGGGUCAUCACUGUCAUCUCAGCGGCCUGUCUGUUGGUCAGUCCGUCCCUGGCUGGAGUCAAAGACCUCAGCUCUCACUUCACUGACCUACAGCCGGAGCCCAGAGGCGUUGAAACAGAUGGGACAGUGAAUAUAGAGGCCAUUCCCCUGGAGUUCCACAAAGAAAACACGCUCACGAAUGACCUUGUCUUUGAUGGUUUUGAGGAUGAAGAUUAUAUUGAUUUUGAUAAGAUCCUGGAAGCGGGCAGUGAUGACUACAUUGAAGGCGAUGAGAUAGAUGACAUCGCCACGCCGGCCCCAGACAUUGAUAUAUUCGCGGAACCCUCUGACCCAAAGAUUCGUCGUGCGAGACUCCUGCGGCUGUUCCACGGUCGUUCUCGCCUUCAACGCCUCAACAUCGUCAAUGCCCAUUUCGGUUUUAAUCUCUAUCGAAGUCUUCGCAAUGACGUCAACCAGAGCGACAACAUCCUGCUGGCGCCUGCUGGCAUCUCAAUCGCCAUGGGGAUGAUGUCUUUAGGGGCAGGACCGGGAACUCACGAUCAGAUCUACAAAGCUCUGGGAUUUGCAGAGUUUGUCAACGCCAGCCACCACUACGACAACACAACAGUGCACAAGCUCUUCAGGAAGCUUACACACAGGCUCUUCAGGAGGAACUUUGGUUACACGCUACGCUCAGUAAACGAUGUCUACGUAAAGAAGGAUAUCCAAGUCAAAGAUACUUUCCGUGCAGAGACAAAAGCUUAUUAUUUCGCAGAGCCACAGUCAGUGGACUUCCGGGACCCUGCGUUUCUGGACAAGGCCAACCGCCGCAUCCAAAAGAUGACCAAAGGGCUGAUCAGGGAACCACUGAAGAGUGUGGACCCAAACAUGGUGCUGAUGCUUCUCAACUACCUGUACUUCAAAGGUACAUGGGAGCAGAAAUUCCCCAAAGAAGUGACUCACUAUCGCAACUUUAGAAUCAACGAAAAGACAAAUGUACGUGUGCCAAUGAUGAGCAACAAGGGGAACUAUCUGGCUGCUGCUGACCACGAACUGGAGUGUGACAUCCUUCAGCUCCCAUACACAGGAGACAUCAGCAUGCUCAUCGCUUUGCCUCGAAAGAUCACUGGCAUGAGGACCUUGGAGCAGGAGGUCUCCCCCACCGUUGUCAACAAGUGGCUCAAAAACAUGACAAACAGAACCCGUGAGGUUGUGAUACCUCGCUUCAAACUGGAGCAGAACUAUGAUUUGAUUGUGAAUUUGAAGGAGAUGGGCCUCACUGACUUGUUCCAGGACACCGGAGAUUUCACUGGAAUGACCUCUGAAAAGGUCGCCAUGAACUGGCUGAAACACCAAGGAACCAUCACUGUGAAUGAGGAGGGGACCGAAGCUGCUGCUCUGACCCAGGUCGGCUUCAUGCCCCUCUCCUCUCAGAUCCGCUUCACUGUGGAUCAUCCCUUCCUCUUCCUGAUCUACGAGCAUCGCACAGGCUGCCUCGUGUUCAUGGGCCGGGUGGUCAAUCCCUCACAGAGCUAAAUUUGAACAAAGCGCUAGACCAUUCACUACAAAAAUCUUUGUUUAAAACUUCCAACUUUACUGAUUACUGAUUAUAAAAGCUGAGGAUUUGUUAUUAUUUGUCAAUUUUUCCAAUUGGUACAAUAUGUGAAAUUUGUAGUUUGUCUCUCUUGAACAUUUAAACUUAUUCUUUCAUGUUUGUCAGAAUGACUCAAUGACGCUUGUUAUCUGCCCAUUAAUGUUUUAUCUCUUACUGGAGGAGUGUGCUCAACUCAACUAUACCACGUCACUGUCAUUAUCCUCAUGCUGUACUGUAAUAUGUGCAGAAAGACCAUGGAUGAAUUUUAUUAUCAACAAAGGAGAUAAAAUAAAAAAAGAACACGACUAUA